AUGUCGAACUUCAUCAACCCCACCACCAACACCACUCCCAUCCGCUCCAACACUGCCGCUGCCCCCAUCGGCGCUGCCCCUCUCGGUGCCGCAUCCUUGGCUGCCACGCCCGGCGCUCCGCUCAUGUCCGGCGCCACCACCACUCCCAUCCUCUCCAACACCGGCGCUGCCCCCAUCGGCGCUGCCCCCAUCGGUGCCGCCCCUCUCGGCGCCUCGCCCCUCGGUGCCGCGCCCUUGGGAGGCACCACGGCCACGACCAUGCUGCCGGCCACCGGCACCGGCCUCAUGGGCACCAACAAGCACCUGUCCAAGCAGGAGCGCAAGGCCCUCAAGCACCAGAACAAGGCCCUCAAGCACGACCACCAGCAUGGCCACGGCCUCACCGGCACGGGUCUGCCCCUUGCGGGCGGCGCAACGAGGGGAACCGGUCUCACCGGAACGGUGAUGCACGGCGCGACCAACGUGGUGGAGCACCAGCCCAUCGUCGAGCGCGAGGUCAUCGUCGAGAGGCCCGUCGAGGUGAGGCGCGAGCACCACAUCCAGCCGGUCAUCCACGAGAGGGAACACCAGAUCCAGCCCGUCGUCCGCACCGAAGUCACCACCGAGCGCAAGGACCUCGUCACCGACCGUAACGUGAUGGUGCCGGCAGUGGUCGAGCAGCCGCGCCUAGGGUCCACGGGCCUGACCACGGCCGACCAGAGGGGCAUCAUGCCCGGCGCCGGCACCACGGGCAUGACUGGCGCGCACCACGCGACGAUCGGCCAGAAGAUCAAGGGCACCGUGAAGGAGGUGCAGGGCUCGCUCACGCACAACCCGAUGAAGAAGGAGGAGGGCCGCCUGCUCAAGCAGGGCAUCGACACCACCGGCACUGGCAUGGGCACCACCCCUGGCAUGAUGGGCACCACUGGCACUACCACGCCCGGCAUGCUGGGCAACACCACUCGCAUCUAA